UUUCUCUAGUUGUACUGGAAUAGCAAAAUGCGGGGUACCCAACCGCAAAACGAUGCAACAACAACAUGCAGAGGUGAAAGAUGACAGACCAAUGGAUAAAGAGUAAGCGACGAUAGCUGCAUGGUAUCCAGUGCUAUCCGAGCGUCGCGGCGAAUCCAAGUUUGCAAGUGCGGAGUCAUUGACCCAGCCCCUCAUGGAUCCAGACAAUCCGAGUUUGCAUGACAGGUCUCUCAUAUACCAAUGACGUUGUUGCAUCCGAGGCCGUUCCGGACACGGUCCUGGUAUAUAAAUUAGUAGUCGCGAUCCUUUGUCCUGUCGAACAAGAUUCCUUUACUGUCAGUAGUAAAAGUCACGCUUCGCACUUGACAAUACUAUACUAUUCUCCCGAAUACGUACUUGACCACUUGAUCAAUAUGCCGAUGAAACUUGAAGGCAGCUGCCAGUGUGGCAGCGUUGAGUUCACGCUCGAAUCCUCAACCCCAGUUCCCUAUCAACUAUGCGCCUGUAGCAUUUGCCGCAAGGUCGGCGGAUACAGUGGCAGCGUCAACCUGGGCGGUAUUGCCGAUAGCCUGAAGAUCAAGAAGGGAAAGGACUUGAUCAAGAAAUAUUCCGCCGUCAUGGCGAGAGGCACACCGGAUGAGAAGAUCUGUGCGUCGGAGCGGAAUUUUUGUUCCAAUUGCAGCACCAUGCUUUGGCUGUGGGAUCACCAUUGGCCAGAGCUCAUUCAUCCUUUUGCUUCGGCCAUUGACACGGAACUGCCGGUCCCUGAUGAGAUGGUCUGCAUCAUGGAGAGCUCUAAGCCGGCUUGGGUGCGAUGGCCAGAGGGGAAGAAGCAGGUAUUUGAUGGUUACCCAGAGCAUAGCUUGGAAGACUGGCACAAGAAGCACAAAUUGUUCUUCGAAUAAAUGAGACACUUUAGGUGACGAUGAUACGAAGUUUGACAAGAUGUGAACUAUGUUUUACAGAAAAGUGGGAGCAUUGUUUGGAGACUUGAACUCAUUAUCAUUAUCAUUAUCAUUGAAGUAGCUAUCCAUAGGCGAGUGACCUGCACAAUGCAAUGUUAGCAGCUGU